AUGGUCGAGCUCCAGAAACCAAAACAUCUUGUUGCCAUUCGACGGGAAAUUGUACCGCCCAUGGUAUGUUUCGUUCCCAUCUUCAACGGCCAGACGAAUCCCGCGCCUCCAGAUGCUGCCAUGGCUUCGUCUCGACCUUCGAACUAUGCACCCUCCUACGCUUCACCGACAAGAGCGAGCCUUGCGCGGUCUAAUCCCGAACUACUAGAGAGCCACGAAGCAAUCCAACGCGGUACCGAUCAUGGAUCACAGACACGGUCGACGGGCCAGGCGAGCGAAGUUAGUUUCCGUUCCCUCGGUGUCGCGCGCGAUGCUGGGACGACAGCGCAACUCCAGGACACGACUACCGAGUCGGUCGAGCCUCAAUCUCCUAUACGAUCCGCGCCACGUCGACCAAAGGAGUCGAAACUUCGCGACACAUUGACCGCGCACCUCGAGCAGCGCAUGCGUGGCGCACCCACCGCAGCACCGCAGGCUCCCGGUGGGUCAGACGCGCCGCCCGUACCGUCACGUAACGCGGCACGGCAAAGUCUGGGAGGAUUAGGUGCGGCGCCGAAGCGCUCCCCGUUCAAGCCCAAGCCUCGACCCCUACCACCACCGGAGCCCGGGUCGGAGGAAGAGGAGUUACUCGACCCUUUCGCGCGACGUGGGUUGAGACGCACUCCCCCGGGCGGAGGAGCCCCGGGUGUUCCACGCGAAUCUCUUCCUUUCGUGGUGCCGCCCGAGAAUGAACCAGAACUUCCACCGACACCGACACAACAAGGCAAGGAUGAUCCCUUGGUCACGACCCCGCCAUCGGGGAUCCACGAGACGCCUUCCAGACGCGCGAGGAGAAGAUCCAGCAAUGGGAAGAAGAGCUCUCCUCUCAAACACCAGUCCUUUCCGACGAGGGAUCCAGGCACCCCGACCAAGAGCAAGGGGGAGGGAAAGGGAAAGGCAGCAAUGGCUUCCACGGAAGAUGACCCCGACGUGGUCGUCGACGAGGAGAGAACACUUGGGGCCAGAGGUGGUGGGGGAACACAUCCAGCACGGGGCAUCCCACCGAUUGACGAGCAUGCGGAGAAGAAGGCUUUACGAGAGGAGCUCCGGGCAGAGGUGGCACGGCUGGAGGCAGAUUUGCGGUUCGCCGAGUUGGAGAACGAAAGAAUCCACCAGAUGCAGAAUCAACGGCAAACAUCCAAAUGGCCGUCCCAUCAGCGGAAUGGCGAAGAGCUCCUCGGGCUUUUCCAACGCUACCUCCUGCCAUCGGAUGACGGAACCCCCCCCGACCCUUCACAGUUGCUCUUCGAUGCGGCGAUGGACCCCACUUCAUGGCUUUCGCUGAGUGCCACCACCCCUGCACCUCUACUUGCGCCGCCCAAGGACGACUCCCCGCCUCCCGUCUCACAUCACCCCAUACCCAUGACGGCGAAGGAGGAACUCGGGUUUCUGCAAGCGUUCACGCCGUUCGAAUUCUCGUCGACCACCGAGAUCCUUCCCCGCGAGGACACCGAAGCGCCCCUCCUCCGCCAACACAACCUAUCCGUCCGCGAACCCGACGGAUUAUUCGCAGCCAAGCUGGAGAUGGUCGUCAACGCCGACACACUCCGGAUUGACGAGCUUCGGGUGCCGCGGCUCGACCCAGCCGCCAUAGCGGAGCUCGGGCCAUUCGUCGAGACGAUCUGCUCCGGGAAGCAGAACAGCGCGAUGGAUCGCAACGUCGGCAUCCUGGGCUGGGCGAUGGCGGAGUGGUACCGCCUCUCCGUCGAACGAGCGAGGGUGUGGUGUCUUCUCGAGAGGGAGACGGGAGACCGCGACCGGUUGCUCGAGACGGUGCGGCGGACGCGGAUGCGGAAGCGGCCGAGGAGGAGGACGAGGAGGCAGGGCCCGGACGACGGGGAAGGAGAAGGUGAAGAAGAAGUGGCGGCGGCGGCGGCGGUUGAGCCUGCGGGUGCACUUCCGCGGGCUGCUCUGCUGGCCCACAUGGGCCGCACGGCUUUCGAGGUGCCGAUACCUGAAGACGAUGAAGAAGACGAGUCUAGGUGGCCGUGUUUGAGGAUCCAGUGGCGUAUCGAGUUUGACUGGACAGGCGAGGGGGUGAGUAGGGUUGGGGUCCUUCUGGGCGUGCCCGGGAAAUGGCGCGAGGCACACGACGGCGGGGCACUGGCAGGUGUACAGAAGGUGUUUGGGGAUCUCGUCAAAGGAGACGAAAGCCCUCUGAAUGCUGUGCGGACGGUACUGUCACUUCUGGUGGGCGAUGUGUCCACUCGCCGGCCCAUGGCCGAUACUAUGAUUGCCAAUAUCCAGAUAUCACUUGUGCCCUGUAGGAGUCAAUCCGUGUUUUGCUGGAGACCCCUUAGGUUUUUGGAUCGCAUCGUCGGAGCCAGCGCUGGGACGAUGGAUGAGCUUGGUGGGAAUGAUCGAUAG